CACAGCACGGAGCUUUAUUUAUGAGAAAACACGUUAUGUCACUUUCCUGACGGACACUACUGUGAGAUGAUUUGGAUAUGAUGGUGCCCACCCAGCCGUGACAAUGUAUGAGGUGAUGUCCGGGGACACCUUGUCCUGGAAGGUACCCAGUCCACGAACUAGCGGCUCAGAUUCAGGGCCCGAGUCGCAAUUCACCGGGGACGAAGGUCUCGUCAAGAUCCUCAAAGUGUGCUUCUGCACCAACAACACCUUGGGCAAGAACUUCAAGCUGGUUAAAUGUGACAGCUCCUGGCAAAUACGGGCUAUCAUUCGUUCGAUUCUGAUCAGUGGUCGAUUGGGGCCAAACAUCUUACAUGCAGGAUGCUACGGUCUCAUGCUCAAGCACCUCAAGUCAGACGAGCUUCACUGGCUGCACCCAGACAUGACUGUCGGGGAGGUGGAGCAACGCUACGAGAGCCAUCAUGUAGAAGCUGAGUGGAGGUAUGACCUCCGUAUCAGAUAUGUUCCCGUCAAUUUCUUGGAAAAGUUCAAAGAUGACAGAUCGACAUUAGUGUAUUUUUACCAACAGGUGCGUAGUGAUUACAUGCAGUAUCACGCCUCUAAGGUCAGUGAUGGGAUGGCGCUGCAGCUCGGCUGUUUGGAGAUCCGGAGGUUCUACAAAGACAUGAAUGCAAAAGGUCUGGAGAAGAAGUCCAACUUUGAGCUACUAGAAAAAGAAGUGGGCCUGGACCUCUUCUUUCCUCAACAGCUGAUUAACAGCAUGAAGUCAAGGCAGCUACGGAAGUUGAUCCAGCAGACAUUUCAACAGUACGCCACACUAAAGGAGGACGACUGCAUGAUCAAGUUUUUUGAGACCCUCAAAGAGUUCGUCAACUACGAUGAAGAAUCUUUCCCAUGUGAACUAGUGCAAGGUUGGAGUCUGGCAGUGGAGCUGGUCAUCGGUGGGAGGGGGAUUCGCCAACGCACACAGAAGGAUUCAGCGCCUGUUUUUCUAGCCGACUUCAAACAGAUCAAGAAAAUACAAUGCUUAUCUCAGAGCGACGGCAAAGCUCUCAUGGACCUCAGCAUAGAGGGGGCACGACAACGUCUAUCGAUCAAUGUGGCCACGGUCCCCAUGGCAGAGAACAUGAUGGAACUUAUUGAUGGCUACUGCCGCCUGGAAAACGACACAGAUGAUUCUGUUAUCUAUCGACCAAAUAAAGAUGUCAAUCGGAGUGCCCUACCUGAGAUUCCUGCAGCCAGAAACUCCAGCUCGACCAGACACAGUAUGGGGUCAGAAAUCUAUUGUGAGAUUCUCGAUGAAAGGCCUGUAUCAGUCGUGAAAUACGGGAUAGACCGGAGUGACAUUGAGCCCGGACAAAUCCUUGGUGAGGGUUUUUUUGGGGAAGUCUUCGAGGGAGUUUACAAAAAAGACAAUGGCGAGAGGAUUAAUGUGGCAGUGAAGACCUGCAAAGACUGUUCACCUGACGUGAUGGAGAAGUUCAUGAGUGAAGCAGUUAUUAUGAAGAACCUGGAUCAUCAGCACAUUGUCAAACUGAUCGGAAUCAUAGAGGACGAUCCCGUGUGGAUCGUCAUGGAGCUUUAUCAGUACGGAGAGCUUGGGAACUACCUAACUGAGAACCAGAAAACUCUGACAAAGAUAGAUCUGGUGCUGUUCAGCCUGCAGAUCUGCAAAGCUCUCGUCUACCUUGAAGGGGUCAACAUGGUGCACAGAGAUAUUGCGGUUCGAAACGUCUUAGUUGCCAGUCCAGACUGUGUGAAGCUCGGAGACUUCGGUCUGUCGAGAUAUAUUGAGGAUGAAGAAUACUACAAAGCGUCAGUUACUCGUCUGCCAAUCAAGUGGAUGGCCCCAGAAUCCAUCAACUUCAGACGUUUCACCUCAGCCAGUGACGUGUGGAUGUUCGCCGUAUGCAUGUGGGAGAUAAUGAGUGUUGGACAGCAGCCGUUUUUCUGGCUUGAGAACAGAGACGUGAUCAACCAACUGGAGCAGGGAAUCAGGCUGCCCAAGCCAGACAACUGUCCCCCUGCCCUCUACUCACUGAUGACCCGCUGCUGGUCCUACGACCCCAGAGAGAGACCCAACUUCACCGAGCUGGUGGUCAAGAUCAGUGAUGUCCACAAGAUGGAGAAGGAGCAGGAAGUGGAGAGAGAGAGGGACAGAGCGCGCUCCACGAAAUUGUUCGACACCAAAUUCAACUUCAACGAGCCUCCUCCGAAGCCAUCAAGAAUGAAACCGGGCCGUUUUGGGAACAUGCUCAGCAUUGGUCUACACAUUCAGCUGAAUGAGGCUUUGUGUGCCAGUUCACCUGACCUGGCCAGCCCGAGUGAAUACCAGUCUCCUGUCGACUCCAUGAGCGCACUUGCACUGCCCGCCAGGUCGCCACGGCGUCGAAGCAUGGCGGAGGGCGAGUUUUUCCGACCGGAGCCGAACACCAGGGAGGACGCCGCGCUCAUGUGGCAGAAAGAGAGACACCAAAUGCAGAGCACGCUCCGCCGGCAGAAAGAGCAGAUGGCGGCGGAUGAAAAGUGGCUGGAGAAGGAGGAGAGACUCCUGGACCCCAUGGGACCUGAGGAUGCCGCCAGCCCAGUGUCCCCUGAAGCUGAUGGGAAUGCACCUCCGGAGAAGCCCCCACGGCUCACAGCGCAGCCUGCUCCCACUGCUGAGCUGGACCGAUCUGAUGACAAGGUGUACCAGUAUGUCAUGGACCUGGUCAAAGUUGUCGUCCAACUCAAGAAUGACAUCACAAAUUCGCCACCGGAAAAAUAUAUCACCAUUGUCAAGUCUGUUGGGAUGGCUUUACGAGAUCUCAUUCGCAGUGUGGAUGACAUACUGCCAACCUUACACGAGUCUGUCAGGACAGAGAUCGAAGGCACCCAGAAGCUGCUGAACAACGACAUGGCCGAGCUGAUCAGCAAAAUGCGGCUCGCCCAGCAGAACGCCAUCACCUCUUUAAAGGAGGAGUGUAAGAAACAGAUGCUGGCCGCAGCACACACUCUGGCCAUGGACAGCAAGAACAUGCUGGACGCUGUGGACCAAGCCAGAGUCAGGGCUAACUUAGCUAAGCCCGUGGCCCCAGUAGUGGACUGAAAGCGCUCUUAUUCAGUUUACACGUCAAGCAAACGAGUCAGAAAUGACAUCUGCACACAGUUGAGCUGAUGAUCAAACAGCUUAAAUUAAGGCUGUAGCAGUUCUUCAUCAUUCUUGUAAAUGUCUGUGAAGGUUAAAUAUGUUGCAGUGGAUAUGGACGACUUACCACGGUAGUAUGUAUACUGAACUUGAUAAUGGUCCUUCAUUUCAGACAAACGUCUUUUAAUGUAAACUGUUCUCAUUUGUAAUUUGUGAGUCACUGACCAAAUUAUCUGCUCAGACAUUGAAUUAUCCUUGUAAAUAUAAAAUGUGUCUUAUGACAAGUACGAUUGGUUUUCACAGCAGAGAAAAAAAGAUAACACAAAUUAAAUAAG